CAGAAGCUAGAACGAGAGGCUCGGAUCUGCCGCCUUCUGAAACAUCCUAACAUAGUGAGACUCCAUGACAGCAUAUCAGAAGAGGCACACCAUUAUUUGAUAUUUGACCUUGUAACUGGAGGGGAGCUGUUUGAAGACAUUGUUGCCAGAGAAUACUAUAGUGAAGCAGAUGCUAGCCAUUGUAUUCAGCAGAUCCUGGAAGCUGUCUUGCAUUGUCAUCAGAUGGGUGUGGUGCAUCGGGAUUUAAAGCCAGAGAACCUCUUGCUGGCCUCCAAACUGAAGGGAGCUGCUGUUAAACUAGCUGACUUUGGUCUUGCUAUUGAAGUGGAAGGAGAACAGCAGGCCUGGUUUGGUUUUGCAGGCACUCCAGGUUACCUUUCUCCUGAAGUACUCCGGAAGGAUCCCUAUGGCAAAGCUGUUGACCUUUGGGCAUGUGGAGUUAUUCUCUAUAUUCUACUGGUUGGCUAUCCUCCUUUCUGGGAUGAGGAUCAACACCGAUUAUAUCAGCAGAUCAAAGCUGGAGCCUAUGAUUUUCCUUCUCCUGAGUGGGAUACUGUUACUCCUGAAGCAAAAGACCUCAUCAAUAAAAUGUUAACAAUCAACCCCUCCAAACGUAUCACAGCAGCAGAAGCUCUGAAGCAUCCAUGGAUAUCACACCGUUCCACUGUGGCUUCUUGCAUGCACAGACAGGAGACUGUUGAUUGCUUGAAGAAAUUCAACGCCAGAAGAAAGCUAAAGGGUGCAAUCCUUACUACAAUGCUAGCAACACGUAAUUUUUCUGGUAGACUUGGAACUCUUCAUUUAAGCAUCAGGCUUAUCCACAAGAAAACCCAUCUUCUUAGAGGGAUCACCACAACUGUCCCAGGUUCCUUGGCAUCCCAUGUUCUGCUCACUUCUUUCUUUCUCACUCUGUGUCUCUUCUUGUCCCAUCUCUUCUCCUUGUUUUUCCAGAAAAGAAAGUCCAGUUCCAGCGUUCAGUUAAUGGAAUCUUCAGAGAGUACAAAUACCACCAUUGAAGAUGAAGACACUAAAGUGUGGUCCAGGAACAGCAAGCCCGUGCACACAACCAUCCUGAAUCCACAUAUCCACUUAAUGGGAGAUGAGUCUGCCUGCAUCGCUUACAUUCGUAUCACACAGUAUGUGGAUACAAGUGGGAUCCCACGCACUGCCCAAUCGGAGGAGACACGAAUCUGGCACCGCCGGGAUGGCAAAUGGCAAAUUGUUCACUUCCACAGAUCUGGAGCACCUUCGGUUUUACCACAGUACAAUAUGACCCUUUCCAUGCAAAGUAGAGCUGCGCCUAUUCAUUUGGCCGCUAUAGACGGCUGAAGCACCUGCCUUGCAGGCCAAGUUUCUCACUGCCUCACUAUAAAAGGAAGAUACUUGUUAUCCUUUACUUAGGGAACUUGGCAGCUGGCUCUCCUAUUUGUUUCUUGCUGGGAAUUCCUUUUACCCUUGGAACUCCUUACCAAAAUAAACUGAGCAUUUAGUAGACUUUUCUCCUCCUGUUUCACCUGGUUCAUGUUUGCUAUUCUGUGCCAUCCUAGUAGAAGACAGCAUGUGUCAUGGCCCUGUUGCAGGAAACGGCUUUCAGUAGACAACGAGAAACCAACAUGGAAGAGGCUGAGAUAAAGCCUUCAACAAAUAGAAAACCAGCACUUUCUGGCUUCAGCCCCCAUCUCCUGGAAGUUAUAAGCUACAAGUAGCUGCUCCUUCUAAUGGGAGGCCAUUUUGAUUGGAACAUCCAGACACCACGGGAAGAAGCCACUCUGAGUCAAUGCCAGCCAUUUUCAGUUGUACCUGGAACCAGCUGUCAACUCAAUCCGAUGCCACACCCUCCUAAACCCAGGAGGCAGGCAACUAACUUAUUAGGUGGCCAUACGCAUCAAGUAAAUAAACAAAAUUAUUUGGUUUAAACUAUUAAUUACAUAAAUUCCAAACAACUUUCUAUUAUGCAAGAAAAUCUCUAUGUUCACAAAUUUUCCUUGGAGUGAAUUAAGCUUUAUUUUGAAUGGCGUUGCCAAUUUUCAGAUCUGUGGACUUCAACCCCUCCCCCAUCCUGGGUGAGGAAAUCUGGGAAUUGAAGUCCACACAUCUUAAAGCUGUCUAAUUUUUUUUAAAAAAAAAAACACUGUUAUAAGUAACCAUAAAAAAAUAGCUUGAAAAUAUUGAGCCCACAACAAUUAUUUUCAUGUUAGUUUUCACUAUAGUGAGAUAUUUUCAAAAUAGUGAAAUAUAGUGACGUAUAUAAUUACCACUAUUCAAUUUAUAACAGAAGCUUCAUUUAUUUGUGAUCAGUUGGGAAACAGCUGCCUAAAAAAAGUGCUGUUUUGACUUCACAGGCUACUAAGUUAGAUUUUGUCUCAGCAGGCCUUUUGUUUCCUUAUUUUUAACACUAUGAAUUUUAUUUUCUCUCUGCCUCUUCAAGAUGUGGAUUCUUAACUAGACAAUAGCAGUAGCCGGGCUCCCAGUUCUGGCUCUCUCUCUUUGCUACUACAGUAUCUAGCAGUCAGCUGAAUUUUGGUAGCACUAAGCCAUUAAAUAAAUCAACAAAUGACUCCCAAAGCCCUCCCUCUACCUUCAUCCACCUUUCCUACAUAUGAAUUUCAGGAAACAUGGCAGUAUGGAGGAUACCUAUAGUGUGAAACAAAGCUGCCCCUUAAUUUGAAAUAAAAAUAGAGGCCAACCCUUUCCAGCAAAGAUAGAAAAUGCAAGCUUUACAAAGGACACUUUGAGGGUUUUCGAUGAUGCUUUUAACAAACAAAAUGAAACCUUUCGCUAUUUCUUGUACUUUUGCAUGCCUUUUUACAGGAAAAAUGAAACCCGUGUUAUUUCGUAAACUUUUGAGUAUUGCUGAAAUGGAUCUUUAUGUAAUACCUAGAAAUAUCAACUGUUUGGGUUUGUGGUUGAUUUUUUUAAAAUAAAGUUGGGGUGGGGUGGGUGACUUAAUAUGUUAUUGUUUACAUUUGGAGUUGACUUGUGAUAAGUUGUUAUGAAAAGUGUAAAAAGGUACAAGAAACUAAAAAAACGGGGAAGAAGGAUGUGUGACAUGGCCCUAUGGAAAGGCAGAAAGAAGUUUACACAAAUAUAAGAACCUUGCCAAGGGUUCACUUGUUAUAUGCUGCGGAGGCCUGACAAUCCAAACUGCACAUCUGAAUGGCAUCAUGAAGACAGAAUCAACGUUGGAACAGUGGCAAUACCUGUUAAUAUAUCAUGACAUAAAAGCCAGCUUGAAGAAACAGAGAAAUAGAUUCUUCUUAAGCCUGUAUAAUUUUUUUUUGAAUGACAGAGAAAACAUGUUGAAAAUGACCUGGAAGGCAUCAACUACUUGCCUUCCAAGGAUAGAAAUAAGAAGCCUGAGGGUUGUUGUUGUUGUUUUUAUUAUUAUUUUGGCAGUGUCUCUGUUCCUUGUUCCCUUUUAUUUUUUUCCAGCUUUAAGAGUCUUUACUCUUUGGUGUGAAAUUAACUGCCAUGCACUUCUACUACCGGGGGAAUGAAUUUAUAAAUGGCGCUUCCUUCAUUUGCAUGACAUCUAACUUUAUAGACCGCUAUGUGUAUUUCAAAACAAACAAUGCUGGUUUAGGAACAAUUACAACAGAAAAUGGAUAAGCUUGCUGUAUACAUUUUGAAUGAUGUAGUUUUACUUUUUCCGUAAAAUGCUUAGCUUUCCAUCUUCUAAGUGUGAAUACAUGAUGCUAUAAAAACUAUGUUUGCAAAAAGGCAAGAAUAAUUUCCCACUGGAGCAGGGGGGGAAGUGAUGACAAUUACAGGGCGCCUACUUGGUAGGAUUUGAUUGCCUUAAAUAGAAGUUUACUUUUUUACAAAGUAGAAAUAUGCCAUUUACACAAAACUGAUAACAUAAUUGGAUGAUUCAAUGCUCCAUUGGAGCUGUGAAGAAUUAUAUUGAGAUUAUUUGAGUUGAGAAGGGCUUUUAGAGUUCAAGAGGUAUUGUACGAUUGUAUGGAUCUGAAUACAUGUUCAUAUUUAAACUUCUUGGGUUUCAGAACAUUUUGGGGGGAAGGGGUCCUUACCCAGUUCUACCCUGAUAUUUCACAUUAAUAUGGUCCUCAUUAUCAUGAACAUUUAUUUUUGAAGGGUCAUUCUCCCACAGAUCAUAAUUUUAUAUUAUCACUAAGCCUUCUACUCAGCCCUGGAUUCCAAGGAAGAAAUGGAUCUUCUUUUUAGCUUGAAUCUCCUUUUAACUCAUUCAUCCUCAAAUAACUGGCUAGAGACUUACUGUUGUGCUCUUUCCUCAUGAAAAUCCCAGUUUAGGUAAUAAAUCUUAAACACUUUUCAGCUUUGCUAAACUUUGACAGCCUAUCUUGCCUGAGUUUUCACUUGUAGAAAAAAGAGUCCUACCUAUGUUGUCUAUCAAGAGUAGCCAUUGAGUAUCUUUCUUGUGGCAAAUUAAACAUUGCAUUUUGUAAUAUUUUAUAGCUUCCAUCGUCAUUUUGAGCAAUGCUUUGAUAAGCUAAGAGAAGCUAGAAUCUACAGGAAGUUGAGUUGAGUUUUUAGUCUUCCAGUUUUAAAAAAAAAACCCUGACAGACUGAAAUGUAUUUCAACUCCUUUGAGUUUUACCUACUGCAUCUGACAUAAGCACCUGCACUUUAAUCCUCUGGAUUGCAUUGGCAUUUUUAAAACUUUUUUUCCCCUUAACUAAGGAAGCAUUUAUAGCCACGUUACUAUCCAUUGCUAUACUUGUUUCUCUUCUAUAUUUUCUGUCCUUUCUUACUUUUUCAGAUUUUUAGCAUUUAUAAUGGCUCAUUUCUAAUGAUUCCAAACUUCUGCAAAGAAAUUGUCAAUAAAACACAAAGCAUUCUGAUUAUUUAUUUUGUAUGCUAGGGCUCAUAGUCAUAAUUAAUAUUAACUUUGAAGACUGAUCUGUUUUCAGAGAUUAGACAACACAGUACCUUUCUUGAUUGUAACAUAAAAAAUGUAGGGAAGAAGUAUCUUACAUCAUUUUAUUCUGCAAAAAGAACCAUUUCUAUUUUUAUUUAAAUUAUUUUGGCAAGAGGGAAAUGAUUU